AUGCGCACAGCUUCGCCUCAAAACCAGCUUAAACCCCACCGUGUCUUCGAAGAUGGCCCGGAACCAACACUGACAGAGUCAUCAACCGAGCCGCUUUCGAGCGAAAAUUUCAUGAGCGAUCUAUUCGAAUUGCUUUGGCUGGCUUUCGAUAACGGUCAAGCUGUCCAAGUGGAAGCUGCUGUGGCUGCCGGUGAUGUCGAGUUGGUGGUCUGGGCGAGGAGUAGUGCGCUCCGGUUUCCGGACAUACUUGCGAGCCUAGUUGAGGACCAGGUUCGGGAGCUGUGUCAACAACACCAAAUUGCGACCGUGACUAUCCCUAGUAUGUAUGAACUGGGCCAUGCCUGCGGACUUGGAUACCGUGUCGGUGUGGCAGCUGUCACCCUCCAAGAGGGGAGCGAGCUGAUGGAAUCGAUCGAGGAGAUGAAGGCAAAGAUCCAGCGACUUGAAUGCGUGUCUGAAGACUCUCAAAUUGGAGAAGCCCAUUGCGCCAAAGAUCACAGACUCAAGUCUGGGGAAUUUCAGCUCAACGUCCCAUUCGCAGCGAUAGCCUGGGGCAGUCUGUCAAGCAUGUCUGACUACGACUCGGACUAUGGAAAGCCCAUUCUUGAGGAUGAUUUAGAAUAA